AUGGCCCAACCGAUUGUUUUUGCGGUGGAAGGGGCGACGCAGUUCUCGACGCAAUCCACAACUACCUACCGCUACAUCAUCUCACUCGAGAGUGAGAAACUGAGCAUUUGGCUAGAAGAUCGCUCCAGCAAGAAGCAAUGGCAAGUCGCUAAGGAUAGAAAGAAGACGGCCGCGAACGUGUUCGUGGACGCGUGCGCUCGUGACUACGUGGCUUGCUUCAAGCAGUGUCUGGACUGCCCGCUGGACAACAAAGAAGACAUUCAGCAAAAGUUGACGGCUCUCUCCGGUGGUAAACUCCAACUGGAAUUGGGCUUGAAGAUCCGCCUACUCCGGGCGGCACGCAGCGUCAAGUAC